GGAGGGAUGCUCUGUCUCCCCCUCUCCGCCUCUCGCUCUUUUCUCUCUCCCUCUCGCUCUCUUUCUCUUCAUCUCGCUUGCUCGCCUCCCUCUGUAUAAUCCACAUCUAGGGCAAGCUGAUUGAGAGCCAGUCCAGUGCUCAGCUCCUCUCUGCAGGCUGAGAAAAGAGAGAGAGAAAGACAUAGAAACGCUGCUUCUCAACGCAGGAGGAAAAACAGGAGGAAGAAAACGGGUUUGGAAAAAGGGAAGAGAAAUACCGAGGAAGAUUUCAUCUGAGGAUAUCAUUUAUACCUGUACAUAUUGUUUAUAUAUAUAUUUGUACACACGCAUAUAGAUAUUUAUAUACAUAUAUCUCUGUAUAUAUCUGUGUAUUUGUGCUUGUCUGUUUAUACUAAUAUUUUUAUAUGUAUUUGUGUGUGUGUGUGUGUGUAAAUAUAUAUAAACAAAUUAAUAUAUCUAUGAAUUUCUAUACAUAUCACUGUGAAACAAGAGCGGCGAGAGGAAAAUGUACCAUCGGGGCUGGUCUCUGAUUGUGUGAUCGUAUACAAUAUUUUCAAUAUUAUUUUAUCUUCUACGUCAAGAGGAAGGAAGACUACGUACUCAUUUUUUGUUUUCCUGUUGCUACUUCCCCCUCCUCGCUCUUUUUUUUGUCAUUUGAGGGGAAUGAAGAGAGGAGAGUAACAAGAUUUGGAGAAAAAGGGAAAAUCUGUCGAAUUGCUGUGAUUAGUGUUAUUUUCGUCGGUAUUAGCGCUCUGCGAGCCGAUCGCAGUGUGCUGCGUGUGAUCUGAGGAGGCAGCAGAGAGAAAGUGCCACACCACGCCGCUCAGCGCCAGCCCAGCGCCAACCCAGCACCAGCCCAGCCAGCAUGCACAAACACCACCACUGCUGCAAGUGCCCAGAAUGUUACGAGGUGACCCGCAUGGCCGCCCUGCGCAGGAUGGACGCCCCUCAGUACCAAGAAUGGCAGGCCGAGCCCUAUGGAUACCCGGCCGGGUACGGGCCCGGAGGCGGGCAGACCUUACCCCAGCCUCCAGUCUCAGGGGGAGGAGGAGGAGGAGGCAUGGGAGGAGGAGGGGGCACUCUGGGGAGAAGUAAAGGCAAGAUGACGUCUGCUGGGGGUCCCGGAGGCCCAAACCCCAAGGGCCAAUCCAAGGGCGGCACCAAGGUGAAUGGCAACAAUUCUGGUGGUCAAGCAGGUUGGUGGCCGGAGUGCACCUGUUCCAACCGGGAGUGGUACGACCAGGCGAACCCUCCCCCUGUCAUCGUCAACGCAGACUCACUGGAUGCAGGCCCUUAUGUAAAUGGCAGUGAUGGGAUGUAUAAAUAUGACGAGAUCAUCUUGGAAAGGGGUAACUCUGGCCUGGGCUUCAGCAUCGCUGGGGGGAUGGACAAUCCACAUAUCCCAGAUGACCCAGGGAUCUUCAUCACCAAGAUCAUCCCUGGAGGAGCUGCAGCUAUGGACGGCAGGCUGGGGGUGAAUGACUGUGUGCUGCGUGUGAACGAGGUGGAUGUGUCUGAGGUGGUCCACAGCCGGGCGGUGGAGGCCCUGAAAGAGGCUGGCCCUGUGGUCAGGCUGCUGGUCAGGAGAAGACAGGCCCCUCCUGAGACCAUCCUGGAGAUCAACCUGCUCAAGGGGCCCAAAGGCCUUGGCUUCAGCAUCGCUGGGGGGAUCGGCAACCAGCACAUCCCUGGAGACAACAGCAUCUACAUCACAAAGAUCAUCGAGGGUGGGGCCGCGCAGAAAGACGGACGGCUGCAGACCGGAGACCGCCUGCUAGCUGUGAACAACAUCAUCCUGCAGGACGUGCGUCACGAGGAGGCGGUGGCGGCGCUGAAGAACACCUCUGACAUGGUCUACCUCAAAGUGGCCAAGCCCGGACCCGUGCACCUCAACGACAUGUAUGCCCCUCCGGACUACUCCAGCACCUUCCCCACCAUGGUGGACAACCACGUCAGCCACAACUCAGGCAUGGCCUACAUGGGAGCUAUGGAGCCCAAGCCCGUCUACAGCCAGCCCCCCCAGGUCACGCCCUCCAGGUAUUCCCCAGACCCCCGUCACAUGCUGGGGGAAGAAGACUUCACCAGUCCCGCCCCGCGCCCUGACGCUGUUGCUCUGUUUGGCAGGGAGCCGCGGAAGGUGCUGCUGCACAAGGGCUCCACGGGGCUGGGCUUCAACAUCGUGGGCGGCGAGGAUGGAGAGGGCAUUUUUGUCUCCUUCAUCCUGGCUGGAGGACCAGCAGACCUGAGCGGAGAGCUCAGAAGGGGAGACCGCAUCCUCUCGGUGAAUGGGGUGAACCUGCGGAACGCCACCCACGAGCAGGCAGCUGCGGCGCUGAAGAGGGCCGGCCAGACGGUCACCAUCAUCGCCCAGUACCGACCAGAAGAGUACAGCCGGUUUGAGUCCAAGAUCCACGACCUGAGGGAACAGAUGAUGAACAGCAGCAUGAGCUCUGGGUCGGGCUCCCUGCGCACCAGCGAGAAACGCUCCCUCUAUGUCAGAGCUCUGUUUGACUACGACCGGACCAGAGACAGCUGUCUGCCCAGCCAGGGCCUGAGCUUCUCCUAUGGGGACAUCCUGCAUGUCAUCAACGCCUCCGAUGACGAGUGGUGGCAGGCGCGCCUGGUCACGCCCCACGGGGAGAGCGAGCAGAUCGGGGUCAUUCCAAGCAAGAAGAGGGUGGAGAAGAAAGAGCGAGCGAGGUUAAAAACAGUCAAGUUCCACGCCAGGACGGGCAUGAUCGAGUCCAACCGGCAGUCAAUCAAAAUAAAGCGCAAAAAAAGCUUCAACCUCUCACACAAGUUCCCGUUUUACAAGAGCAAGGAGAAUAUUGUGCAGGAGUUGGAGUCUGAACAAUGCCUGACGUCAAACACCAGCGACAGUGAAAGCAGCUCAAAGGGCCAGGAAGACACAAUUCUCUCAUACGAGCCAGUGAUUCGACAGGAGAUUCAUUACACGAGGCCUGUGAUCAUCUUAGGCCCAAUGAAAGACCGAGUUAACGAUGACCUGAUUUCAGAGUUCUCGCACAAGUUUGGUUCCUGCGUUCCUCACACGACACGUCCGCAGCGGGAGAACGAGAUGGACGGCCAGGACUACCACUUUGUGGGCUCGCGGGAGCAGAUGGAGAAGGACAUUCAGGAUAAUAAGUUCAUUGAGGCAGGCCAGUUCAAUGAGAACCUCUAUGGGACCAGCAUCUUGUCUGUCAGAGCAGUGGCCGAGAGGGGAAAACAUUGUAUCCUGGACGUGUCUGGGAACGCUAUAAAGCGACUGCAACAAGCACAACUUUAUUCGAUUGCAAUUUUCAUCAAACCAAAAUCCAUUGAAGCUCUUAUGGACAUGAAUAAGAGACAGACUUACGAACAAGCUAAUAAAGUCUUUGAUAAAGCGAUUAAGCUUGAACAGGAGUUUGGAGAAUUUUUCACAGCCAUUGUACAGGGUGAUUCACUAGAGGAGAUCUACAACAAAAUCAAGAUGAUCAUUGAGGAACAGUCGGGCCCCUACAUCUGGAUACCUUCUUCAGAGAAGCUCUGAGCUCCCCAGCUGUACCCCCCUGUCGGCGCAGAGCCCCCCUCCCGACACCCUGCCCGUCCCCCGAAGAGCUCCUCCCUCCCCCUUUUUUGCAGAUAUGUUUCAUAUCAAGUUUUAGUGUCAUCAUUAUGUUAAUCUCAAAUGAAAACAAGUCUUAUCACCAUUUCUGUGACUGUGCACACCCCUGCAUGAGUUUCUCAGCAAAUCCAUUCAAGACUGGAAAUGCCAUUUCAAAUGAAUUUGUCAUUUUAAAACAAAACAAGGGAAAGGCAAAAUGAAUCGUUCUUUGUGAAAUGGGACUGACAGUUGAAGAUCAGAAUGUUUUACAGACGACGCUGGAGUGAGAAGGAGUUAGGGAUUCAGGAGAAGUUGCAGGGGAAGGGAGACCAAUCAUACAAGUUGGAACACUGUAAAUGUUCAUCAAAUCACAUUUUUAAAAAAGACACGCAAGAUGAGAAGCAAAGACCACUUAGGGUUUUUUUCUACAAGGACUGGAUAAUAUCAAGCCCAGCUGAUGGUACUGUUGGAGUUAUCGCUCUUCUUUGUAAUUACUGAAGAAAUUGGUGGAGAAGCCUACAGACUGGUGAUCUACCAGCUUGCUGUUUGAUCAGCUGAUACAGACCUCUUGGGAGGCAGAACCAAUGGAAGAAAUUAGUUAUGAAUCUCUACAUUUAUAUAAUGAAAUCACAAGGUAAAUUAUCAAAUCCUACUGCGAUUUUACUACAUAUUAAAAACUACACGUUUUACACUUCACUAGAUUUGUCUACUUGGAGGGCUGUUAGAUUUUUUUUGGAGGGGGGAUUUUUUUGCUUGUGGUUUUUAGCUGCUCUGUGUAAAGGAUGGGGGUAGAGAAGUGUAAAGGGGCUCUCUGCAAAACACCAAAUUGCCUUACAUCAAAUACAAAUUGUUAUAUUACUACCUGUACUUUGAGGGAAGCUAAAAUUAAUUGACAAUGAAAAAAAGAUGGAACUUUUUCUUUUAAAUGUUGACUUUUUCUGCGUUGUCUCCUGACUUCCAGGAGGCCUAACUUGUGAGUGUAAUAGACGAACGCAUCGCACUUCUGUGGAUUUCUAUCUUCCCCCUGUAUUCUUUUUGACCCUUUUCUUGUUGUAAUUUAAGAAUUGAUUGGAUUUCAAUUUAGGCAGCCAUAUCUCCCUCACCCACGUUGAGCAGCAGAUCACCCUAUUACACUCUCUACCUUCCAGGAGGAGUGUGUCUUCUGACUGAAUGGUCACAUGGUAUUGUCCUGAAUAUGCCAUCAUGAAGGUGGCCUUAAAAACGGGUAGAACAAGACAAUACUUGUAUUUGAUGUCCUAACAGAGGCAAUUUAACCUGCUUUUGGAUUGUCCCCUUUCCCUCCACCCAAAAUAACACUAAAGAGGGGUUUGAUUAAAACCUACAUUGCAUUUGGAAAGUAUUCAGACUUGACUUUUUUUCACAUUUUGUUACAUUACAGCCUUAUUUUAAAAUUGAUUAAAUGAUUUUUUUCCUCAUCAAUCAACACACAAUACCCCAUAAUGACAAAGCGAAGACAGGUUUUUAGAAAGUUGUGCAAAUGUAUUAGAAACAGAAAUGCCUUACAUAAGUAUUCAGACCCUUUGCUAUGAAACUCGAAAUUAAGCCCAGGUGCAUCCUGUUUCCAUUGAUCAUCCUUGAUGUUUCUACAACUUGAUUAGAAUCCACCUGUGGUAAAUUCAAUUGAUUGGACAUGAUUUAGAAAUGCACAAAACUGUGUGUGUAUAUAUAAGGUCCCACAGUUGACAGUGCAUGUCACAGCAAAAACCAAGCCAUGAGGUUGAAGGAAUUGUCUGUAGAGCUCAGAGAUAGGAUUGUGUCGAGGCACAGAUCUGGGGAAGGGUACCAAAACAGUUCUGCAGCAUUGAAGGUCCCCAAGAACACAGUGGCCUCCAUUCUUAUAUGGAAGAAGUUUGGAGCCACCAAGACUCUUCCUAGAGCUGGCCGAUCGGCCAAACUGAGCAAUCGUGGGAGAAGUGCCUUGGUCAGGGAGGUGACCAUGAACCCAAUGGUCACUCUGACAGAGCUCCAGAAUUCCUCUGUGGAGAUGGGAGAACCUUCCAGAAGGACAACCAUCUCUGUAGCACUCCACCAAUCAGGCCUUUAUGGUAGAGUGGCCAGACUGAAGCCACUCCUCAGUAAAAGGCACAUGACAGCCUGCUUGGAGUUUUCCAAAAGACACCUAAAGACUGACUGAGAAACAAGAUUCUCUGGUCUGAUGAAACCAAGAUUGAACUAUUUGGCCUGAAUGCCAAGCAUCACACCUAAAGGAAACCUGGCACCAUCUCUAUGGUGAAGCAUGGUGGUGGUGGUGGCAGCAUCAUGCUUUUGGGAUGUUUUUCAGAGGCAGGGACUGGGAGACUAGUCAGGAUCGAGGGAAAAAUGAACGGAGCAAAGUACAGAGAGAUCCUUGAUGAAAACCUGCUCCAGAGCACUCAGGACCUCAGACUGGAGCGAACGAUCACCUUCCAACUGGACAACGACCCUAAGCACACAGCCAAGACAACGCAGGAGUGGCUUCGGGACAAGUCUCUGAAUGGCCCGGCCAGAGCCCGGACUUGAACCCGAUCGAACAUUUCUGGCGAGACCUGAAAAUAGCUGUGCAGUGACGCUUCCCAUCCAACCUGACAGAGCUUGAGAGGAUCUGCAGAGAAGAAUGGGAAAAUCUCCCCAAAUACAGGAGUGUCAAGCUUGUAGCGUCAUACCCAAGAAAAAUCGAGGCUGCAAUUGCUGCCAAAGGGGCUUCAACAAAGUACUGAGUAAAGGUUCUGAAUAAUUAUGUAAAUGUGAUAUUUAAGUUUUUUAUAUAUAUAUAUAUAUAUAUAUACACAUUUGCUAACAUUUUUUUUUUUUUUUGAUUUGUCAUUAUGGGGUUAUUGUGUGUAGAUUUUAAGUAUUUAAUACAUUUUAGAAUAAGGCUGUGACUUAACAAAAUGUAAAAAAAAUUCAAGGGGUCUGAAUACUUUCUGAAUACACUGUAUAUGCUCUGUGUAUCUAAAGUUUUUGAAUUAGUUCUGGGCAUGUGUUUUACCACUGUGUUAUGAACCCAAUGGCAUGUCUGGGGCGAGCUAGGUCAGCUCAGGAAUCUAACACAGAUUUAAUUUCCCCUGUGACUGAAACGCCAUGUUUCAAGGAGGAGAGUUCAAAGCUGUUAAAUGUGAAUGAGAGUAAUUGACUGAACGAUCUGAGGGAUUUUAAAGGCAUUUGCAUUGAACUAUUUAAUAAGUGAAUGUAAUAUGUCUAUCUUAUGAUGCGGUGAAGCUUUGUGAAGACCACUUCUGUGGUAAACCCUUGCCUGAGUUGGCUGUAUGGAUUCACCAGGAUUGAAAUGACCUGCCCCAUCUCCCUUUGUGGAUCUUGGCACUGUGUGUUUGUGUACAUGUGAGGGGACUUGUUGAAGAAUAAGGAAUGCUGUGGCCCCCUACCCUGUGAACAUUUUGAGUUUCCACCUUUUUUUGGUUGAGGGGAAAGGGUUUUCCUCAGAUGCCUGAGAGCCAGACCAUCUUCUAUAUGCCCACAGGAAGUUGUCACCUAGCCCUCUGGGUCCCCUACUUCCCCCUAAAGCGCCUGUACCUGAAGGCAUUUUCUGAACAGGUGUGCCCACCUGCCAGGCACCACUGCUAAACCAGCUGUCAUUACCUGUGUCAAAACCAGAGUUCAGGGAAUAACCGAAGGGAACAGAGCCAUUUAUAAACUGCAUACAGACUGUUUCAAAGGGUGUGGUAGCUGUCAAAUGUAAAUAUGCCCCCAGCAGAUCCCCCUCACCUGUGCUUCAUGCAUGUGUGAAACAAACUGGGGCAAAACAUGUUUUAUAGAUCACAAAUGUCAGGUAAGUAAACUGAGCUAUUCUGAGAUAUAAUUUCCAUACAAAUGUGCUGUAAUGUUGGUAUUUCUCUAUAGACAAAUCUUCAGCUGCCUAUUGGGAAAAUGUUUGUCAGUUGGGAAUGUAAUUCCCUCAAGUAGGGCCCGUCUACAUGUUAUUUCUUGUGGAAAAUGGUGUCUGGGUGUAUAGAUUAAAACAAUUAUGUAAAAAAUGAAGAUGAGACACAGGCAGCAACCUACAAGUUGAUAUUCCAGAAACCAUGAGGUGCAUUGAUCAUUAUCUCAUUUAGAACUGCUCCUCAGCUGUGUUUCAACUAUACACCAGACUGUUAACGUCUGGUAUUUAUACCUCGGUCAGCCAUGUCAAUAAAGCCCAAAGAACUAGAUUUAAUUGUAUUAUUUCUAUUGCUGUUGCGGUAGAACAAGAUUGAACCGAAAUGCCUCUGUUUGUAUAAUUGAUGAGGGUCUUUGUUCCAGUGAGAGAGACAUGAGCUCUGGGGGGGUGGGGUCGGUCGGGUUAUGGUUUGUCCUUCUGGGUGAUGAGUUGUUUGACAGCACACCUGUGCAGUAAGUGCUUGCGAACCCUUUGAUUGUACAGUAGUUUCCUUCCUGUCACACCACAGGUGGUAGAGCCUAUCAGGACGCUGGGCCGAACGGUCUUCCCUGUCCUAGUCAUGAGGGAACAGUCCUGCAACCUAUUUUGUUUGGGGUUUUGUUUUGGACUGGACAAGAGUUUAUUUGUUUGAAAAUAAUAAAAUAUGUGACUCGGUUA